UACACAUUACACAGUGGACUGUAAAUACGAUACCAGUUAUCUACCUUACAGAGCUAUUGUAGUAGGCUAUGUACAAGUACAACACGUCAUACCAAGUAUUGCAUUGAUUUGUAUUAACAUUAUCUUAGCCAGAAGGGUGUGGAAAAGGAGGAAACGAAGGAUCGAUGUACAAAAGGAUAACGCCAUUAAGGCGACAAUGAGAUGGCAGCAUAUCAAAACAACUUCUAUAUUGAUAAUUAUCACCUUAGCUUUUGUUAUUCCCUAUUCAUCAUUGCUUUAUUACGCAGUCUAUGUUGCGGUAGCCAAGCCUUCAAUUGAUUUCCAGCAAGAUUUUAUAAUG